AUGGCGGGCGACGACGAGGCCUCGAAGCUGGCCGCCGCGGAGAAGCAGCCGUGGGAUGAACGGUUCAAGCAUUCGUUCUGGAAAGCUCGCGUCGCCGCGUACUCCGAGGUCGUGAAGGAGGCGCGGACGGCGUCGAGCGUGGCCGCGUCCCCGUGCCUGAAAGCUUUCGGCGAAUGCGCGAAGAACGCCGCGGGCGAUACGAACGCGAACGCGCUCGACAAUGGCCUGGACGCCAUCAACGCGUUCCUCGAAGUCGCGGACGAGGACUACGCGAGUAAACACGCGGCCGGGUUGAUGGCGAACGUAGUCGCGAAAGGAAUGAACGGGCGCCCGAAAACUGUCGAACGCGCGACGAAUACCGCGCUGCUGCUGUGCGAGCUCGAAGCCUCCGACGUCGUCGUGGACGCGCUAUUGAAGGGCACGACGAACAAGGUCCCGAAGCUCGCGCUCGCGGCGACGGACGCGAUUCGCGCCGUCGUGUGCGAGUUUGGCACCCCUAAGGUGGUGAACCCGAAGCCGAUCCUGAAGGGCAUCGCGCCGCUGUUUGACUCCAAAGACGCGAAGAUCCGAGGCGCGGCGAAAGACCUCACCGUCGAGCUCACGCGGUAUCUCGGUCAAGGCGCGGUGCGAAGGGAUCUCAUCGACAAGAUGCGCGGGACGAUGCAAGCGGAGGUGAGCGCGAUGAUCGAACAGCAGUCCGAAGACGCGACCGGCGCCGCGCGACCGACGCGGUUCACGCGAAAAGAACAAGCCUCCGGCGCGUCGAGCGAUCCGAUGGACGUGGACGACGACGCGACCGCGGGCGGCGACGGCGCCGAGGAGGACGCGGCCGUGGUGCCGGACUCGUACGAGUACUCGGACCCGGAGACGAUUCUCGACAAGCUCGAGAAGGCGCCCGAGAAUAAGGAGCAGCCGAGGUUCUGGGAAGCGAUUGUCAGCGCGAAGUGGAAGGAACGCCUGGGCGCGUUGACGCAGCUGAGAGAGGUUUCAGACGUCCCGCGAAUCGCCGCGGGGGACUACGGCAAUCUCGCGAGGGCGCUGAAGAAGGUCAUCACGAAGGAUGCGAACAUCGCGUGCGUCGGCGAAGCCGCGGCGGCGGCGGGGGUCAUCGCGCGCGGCGCGAGGAGAGAGUUUAGAAGCGAGGCGAAGCUGCUGCUGCCCGGGAUGCUCGAUAAGCUCAAAGACAAGAACACGACGGUGAUUCAGAAGAUCCAGGACGCGCUGAUGGAGUUUGCGAAUCACUGCGUCUCGCUCGCGGACGUCGCGGACGACGUCGUCGUCGCGUUGGGUCACAAAGUUCCGAAAGUCGCGGAGCAGACGCUGCGUUUCGUCGCCGCCGCGGUUCGCGAAUGCAAAGGAGGCAGGGCUGCGAUAACGCCGCUGCACAAGGCGAUGCUCCCCUCGAUCGUCAAUUGCGCGGACGCGGGGAACGUGGACGUGAGGACGACCGCGGUGGAGGCGAUCGCCGCGAUCGCGGUCGCGUCCGGCGGAUUCAGGCAAGUCGCGAAGCACGUCGACACCUUGGACGACGCGAAGAAAACGAAAGUCGAGGAGCUGUGCUCCGGCGGCGGCGGCGGGUGCGGCGAGGGAACCCUGCGCGGUCGCGACCCGAACGUCGGGAGCACGAAGACCGUGGCCGCGGCGUCGAAGCCGCCCAACGUGGUGCGGUCGAGCGUCACCGGCGCGUUGAUUCGCCCUGGAACCGCGGGUCCGUUCAGGCCGGGGAAGUCCGCGUUAAAACGGCCGUCCACGGCCGCGCCGGGUGUAAGUUCGAAGCCGAGCUCUUCGAAGCCGUCAAACUCCGCCGGGUUUUCCUCCGAGGCGGACGCAGAAGUCACCGAAGGGCCCGCGGCGUCGAAGGAGGAGCUCGUGGAGAGGAUGACGACGCUCUACGGCGCCGGGACCGUGGACGAGCUUCAGUCUGGGGACUGGAAGAAACGCCUCAGCGGGAUGACCGCGGUGCUGGACGCCGUGAACGCGAUGUCUCCCUCGGACGCGACGAGCGCCUCGGAGACGACCGUCCGAGGCGUCGCGAUGUUCCCCGGGUUCGACGACAAGAACUUUCAGGUCUUGUCCAAGGUGUUUGAAGUUUUCAACGCGCUCGCGACGAAUUCCGAGACGUGUACGAAACGCGACGGCGCGCAAGCGAUCGCGGGCCUGGCCGAGAAGAUCGCGGACGUGAAGCUUCGCAAGCCCGCGUCUGACGCACUGACCGCGCUCGCGGAGGCUUUAGGCCCGAAAUUCGUGAUGGCGCAGCUUCACAAGAGGACGGCGGGACACAAGAACCCGAAGGUCACCGCGGAGGCGCUCUCCUGGUGCGUCGCCGUCGUAAAUGAGUUUAGCGCGUCCGUCGUCGACGUCGCGUUCACGAUCAAGUGGUGCAAGGAAUGCCUCGGGAUGCCAAACCCGUUGUGUAAGUCAAGCGCGGGGAAGGUACUCGGCGCGUUGCACGGGUUCUUAGGGCCGGGGUUGACGAACUUCCUCGCCGACCUCAAGGACGCGCAGUUGAAGUCGUUGGAAGCGGAGUUUGCCAGGAACCCGUUCACGGGCGAGGUACCCGCGGUGAAGGUGACGCGCAAAGUCAAAGGCGCACCCGAGGGUGGCGGCGACGCCGUCGAUCUCACUUCCGACGGCGGGCUCCCUCGCACGGACAUCUCGAGUAAGAUCACGGAGAAGCUCGUCAAGCAAAUGUCCGACCCGAGCUGGAAAGUUCGCGCCGCGGCGGUGGAAGCGGUCGGCGGGAUACUCACGGAGGCGAACAAAAGGAUCGGACCGAACACGGGCGAGCUCAUGCCCGCGAUCGCGAAACGCUUCGGAGAUAGCAACCGAAACAUCGCGACGAACGCUCUGAAACUGUGCGGCGACGUCGCGGAAGCGAUGGGUCCGUCUGUAGGCGAGCGACGAUACGGCCACGGCCUCGUCAACGACAUCACAAAACAGUUCGGAGAUAGCAAAUCCUCGGUCCGAACCGCGGCAGCCGGGGCGCUGGAUUCAUGGGCGUCCGCCGCGGGUUUGAACAAGACCUUGCCGUACGUCGCCACCACGAUGCUGGACGCGUCGGGGAAGAUGAGCGGCGACGGUAAAUCGGACGCGUUGGUCUGGUCGUUGAACGCCCUCGCCGCGGACGCGGGGAACGACGUCGACCUUAGCUCCGUCGUCGUGCUCGCUUCCGUGGGUCUCGGCGAUAAAGCCACGGCAGCGCGCACGGCGGGUGGGAAGCUUCUGGACGAGGUUAUCAGGCGCGUCGGGUCGAAGGAAACGUCGGCGCUCUGCAAGCUCUCGGACGCUCCCGGGGCGUUGAAGAAAGCGGUCGUCGCGCACGUGGAAAAGGGUGGCAUCGUCGUAGGCUCUUCCGCUCCGAGCUCGCGGAACCCGUCGCUGAACCCGUCGCCGUCGGUGUCCCCGAUUAAAUCGGCGCCGACGCGUCCGACGACGGCUCGAGGCGGCGCCGUGCGCGCGUCGAAGGGAGCCGCCGGCGCGGCCCCGCCGGCGGCUGUCGCGUCCGCGUCGGGUGCCGCGCUUGCGCCGAACGAAGAGAAAGAGUCCAGGAUAAAGAAACUGCCGAAGAAACCGGUCAAAUUUGAAGUUCUUCGGGACGAGCAGUUGGCGUUCGCGGAGGGCGAGCUCAAGGUGGCGAUGGCGCCGUACGUCCGCGAAGACGUCCGAGCGCUUCUCUUCAAAGCGGACUUUAAAGCGCACAUCAAAGCGCUCGAGCACCUCGACGGCGCGCUCGCGGAGGCUCCCGAGAAUGUGUUCGGGAACCUCGACCUGAUACUUCGCUGGAUCGUCCUCCGAGUAUCCGAGCAAGCGCCGAACACGCAGUCGUUGCUUCGCGUCCUCGAUUUCACCGCCGCGGUCCUGGGCGUCGUCAAGGCGCAGGGUAGCCGCUUGAGCGAGCAAGAAGCCGCGCUUUUCCUGCCCGCGCUCGUGGACAAGUGCGGUCACUCCAUGGACGCGGUUCGCGGGAAGUUCCGCAUCAUCCUCAGGCUCAUACCCGGGUUGUUCCCCGCGUCGCGCUUGGUCGGGUACCUCGUCCGCGGCUUGGACUCGAAGAACACGAAGACGCGGUUGGAGGUUUUAGACGUCAUCGAGUCCCUUCUCGAGCGUCACGGCGCCGACGUCGUGGAGAGAGGGGGAAACAAGGCGCUCGCGGAGGUCGCGAAGCUCGCGGACGCGCGAGACAUGUCCAUGAGGACCGCGGCGUUGAAGUGCCUCGUUACCGCGUACAAGACGAGCGGGGCCGUCGUGUGGAAGCACGUCGGACGAUUAGGCGAUCUCGCGCAGCAGUCGCUCGAGGACAAAUUCGCGCGCGCGGAGAAGGAGAUGGCCGCGAAGAACGAAGGAAAACCCGGGGCUUGGAUGAAGGACGGCGUCUUAGCCGGGGGUUCGACCGCGGCCACGCCCGGCACGGGAGUCAAGAAGACCGCCGCGGUGCUCCCGGGUCGUCGGACGCCGAAGCGUGAAGCGCCUCCCUCGCCGUCGCGGGACGACGUCGAGACGCUGCCGAUGGAGGUCAGACUCGCGGGGUGGAAGCGGUCGCUCAACUCCGUCGCGAGUGUCAGCGACGCGGUCGCGGUCGAGGGGAUGAAAUCUCUGUGCCACGAAAUCAUGGGCGCGGUUUCGGAUCAGGAGAUGUUACAAGCGAUGGCGCCGGACGUGGACGGCCUCGUCGGCGUCGUCGCGGAGAGGGUCUCGACCAUUUUCGAGUCCGCAGCUGUUGCGCCGGGACCUUCGACGACGCGCGCGUGCAAGUACGUGCUCAACACGCUCAUGCAGGUGUAUCAGGAACCCGCUCUGGCGGGGGCGGUCGGCGAGGCGAGCGAGAAAGUUACGAUAGCCGCGCUUCUCGAGCGACUGCUCGACCAGUCGGUCGGGAAGAUGGACGAAGGUCCGCAGCUCGUGAAGGCGCUGAACGUCCUCAUGCUCAAGGUGCUCGAGCACUGCCCGCGGACGUCGUCGUUCAGGGCGCUCAUCCAGCUUUUAGCGCGCGCCCCUGAGUCCGUCGCGGAGGACGAAAGCGCGUUGACGAAAUUCAACGACCUCGUCGUGAAGUGCCUCAUUAAGCUCACGAAGGCUCUCGCGGCGACGCUGAGAUCGGUGGACGUGUCCGCGCUUCUUCUCGAGGUGCACGACUUUUUCGACUCCCUCGGGGUGGACGAGAUCCGGCGACGAGGCCAGGCGGACGACAAGCCGCUCAGGAUGGUGAAGACGAUUCUUCACGAGGUCACGAAGCUGCUCGGACACGACGUUCACGACUGCCUCGAUUCGUGCCCGCCGCGGUCCACGGAGCCUGUGCCCAUCAUCUACGCAUACAUCGACCUGAACUUGCAGUCUAUGCCCAACGCCCCGGGGAUUCCGCGCGAGCCAGAACCGGAGCCGAAGCCGAUGAUGGACGUGGACAUCCGCCCGGCGACGCCCGUCUCCGCGGAUUUGAAGACGACGCUCGCGGGCAUCUUCAAAAAGAUUGGCGAGAAGGAGAGCACGGCGAAAGGGUUAGAGGAGCUGUUCGACUUUUGCAACGCGCACGCGGAAGUGGACAUCUCGCCGCACCUCGCGCGGACGUCUGCCGCGUUCCAGACAUACAUCAAGCGCGGCUUGGCGAAGGUUGAAGCCGCCCGCGCUCGGGCGGCGUCCGCGACGACCCCCGGGGCGAGCACGAUCGAGCCGUCGCCGAUGCCGACGAUGGAGAAGAGCGCGACGGAGGUGUACCGCGAGCGACUCGCGAGGAUGCAGUCGGCGGCGAAGUCGUCGACGGCGGCGGCGACGAGCGCCGGCGCGACUGGGACGAGCGGCGCCGGGUUGAGCACACUCAGGGAGAGAAUGAACAGGAUCGCCGCGAAAGCCGCGGGGGAUGUCUCGUCCCCGAGGAGCGGAGGGUCGACCGCGAACGCGCAGUUCGAAAAUGAUAUCAAGGCGCGCAUGAGUCGGAUCCAGGCCGAGGCGGUUCGUAGGUCGAGCACGGAUUGA